GUGAGAAGUUGUGUUGAUCCCAGUCAGACUGUAGUGUUCAAUAACAAGUGGGGGUUAUCUCAGCAGCAUUGUAGUGUUCAGCAAGGAGCAGUAUUUAUCAAAGUGACAUUACAGUGUUCAGUAAAGAGUAGUGUUUAUCACAGUGUUGUGAUGGGAAAUUAUAAAUCCAGACCCACGCAGACAUGUACAGAUGAGUGGAAGAAGAAAGUGAGUGAGUCGUACUCUGUGAUUAUGGAGAAGCUGGAUGAUGAUCUGAAGAUUAAAGAUGAAGAAUAUACUGAACUCAAACACGUGUUCAGUUCAGAUGAAGCUUUUAACAAAGUGAAUCUGAACUAUCGCUCAGAGACCGGACUGUCCCUGCUCCACCUGUGCUGCAUCUGCAGAGGAAAUAAAAUCCACAUCCGCACUCUGAUGCUGAAGGGACUGCGAGCCUCCAGACUGAGUCGCAAUGGAUUCACUGCCCUGCAUCUGGCUGCUUAUACAGACAACGCUGAGCUGGUUACAGCUUUGUUGCACGGUGGUGCAGAUGUUCAGCAGGUGGGCUACGGGGCGCUCACGGCUCUGCACAUCGCUACUAUAGCAGGUCAUCAUGAGGCAGUCGACAUUCUCCUGCAGCACGGAGCUUAUGUUAAUGUUCAAGAUGCUGUGUUCUUCACACCUCUGCACAUCGCAGCUUACUAUGGCCACGAGCAGGUGUGUAAGUUGUUGCUGAAAUUCGGAGCAGACGUGAACGCGAGUGGCGAAGUGGGAGAUCGUCCACUUCACCUUGCCACUGCGAAAGGUUUCCUCAACGUCAUCCGGCUGCUGAUGGAGGAUGGAGGCAAAGUGGACGUAAAUGCUCAGGAUAACGAAGAUCAUGUGCCGCUGCAUUUCUGUGCACGAUUUGGCCACCAUGAGGUUGUGCGUUUCCUUCUGCAGGGAAACUUUAAUGCCCAGCCGCAUUCCAUCAACAUCUACGGGGACACGCCGCUGCAUCUGGCAUGUUAUAACGGGAAGUUUGAGGUGGUGAAGGAGCUGGUGCAGCUCACAGGAACAGAAAGCCUGUCCAAAGAGAACAUCUUCAGUGAAACGGCGUUUCACAGUGCCUGUACAUAUGGUAAAGACAUGGACAUGGUAAAGUUCCUGAUUAGCCAGAAUGCAGUUAGUAUUAAUCAUCAGGGCCGAGAUGGACACACAGGUCUACACAGUGCCUGUUUCCAUGGACACAUCCGCCUUGUUCAGUUCCUGUUGGACAGUGGAGCUGACAUGAACCUCGUGGCGUGUGACCCGAGUCGCUCCAGUGGAGAGAAGGAUGAACAGACAUGUCUGAUGUGGGCCUACGAGAAAGGUCAUGAUGCCAUCGUCACACUGCUGAAACACUACAAACGUCCUCUAGAAGACUCACCCUGUAAUGAAUAUUCUCAGCCAGGAGGGGAUGGAUCAUACGUUUCUGUUCCGUCUCCACUGGGGAAGAUCAAAAACAUGACAAAAGAGAAAGCUGAUGUCUUGCUCCUCAGGGCGAGUCUCCCAUCUCAUUUCCACCUGCAGCUCUCAGAACUGGAAUUUCAUGAGAUCAUCGGCUCAGGCUCCUUUGGGAAAGUGUAUAGAGGAAAAUGUCGCAACAAGAUUGUAGCCAUUAAACGUUACCGAGCCAACACGUACUGCUCAAAGUCAGACACAGACAUGUUUUGCCGAGAGGUUUCCAUCUUGUGCCGCUUAAACCAUCCGUGUGUUAUCCCAUUUGUGGGGGCAUGUCUCGAUGAUCCGAGUCAGUUCGCCAUCGUCACACAGUACGUCUCUGGAGGAUCGCUCUUCUCACUGCUACAUGAACAAAAACGGCUGAUUGACUUGCAGUCGAAACUCAUCAUCGCGAUGGAUGUAGCCAGAGGGAUGGAAUAUCUGCACAACCUGACUCAGCCCAUCAUCCACCGAGACCUCAACAGUCACAACAUUCUGCUGUAUGAAGACGGUCACGCUGUUGUGGCUGAUUUUGGCGAGUCACGCUUCCUGCUCUCCAUGGAUGAAGACAACAUGACAAAACAACCUGGGAACCUUCGUUGGAUGGCUCCAGAGGUUUUUACACAGUGCACGCGCUACACGGUGAAGGCAGACAUGUUCAGUUACGCACUGUGUCUGUGGGAGCUGCUGACAGGGGAGAUCCCCUUCGCUCAUCUGAAACCUGCGGCUGCGGCAGCUGAUAUGGCAUAUCAUCACAUCCGGCCUCCAAUUGGCUACUCCAUCCCGAAACCGCUGUCUGCUCUGCUGAUGAGGGGCUGGAACGCCUGUCCUGAGGAGAGGCCAGAGUUCUCAGAGGUUGUAUCUAAACUUGAGGAGUGUUUGUGCAACAUUGAGCUGAUGUCUCCAGCCUCCAGUAACAGCAGUGGUUCUUUAUCUCCAUCGGCAUCUUCAGACUGUUUGUUUGGUCGUACGAGUCCAGGUCGAAGUCAUGUAGCUGCGCUGCGCUCACGCUUUGAACUGGAGUAUGCACUGAACACCCGUGCUACGUGGAGUUCUGGACGGCGUUCCUCCCAGGGUCUGUCUCUGGAUGAGCUCAGGAGAAACAUGCAGUUCCCCAUCGACAGAAAUGGUUAUGUAUCAGAUCCCAUGAGCACUAUGAGGUUCCACUCCAGUAGCAACACCAGCCUUGAGGAUGCCAGCUAAUAACACACACAACAGAUGAAAGUAAUGAAUAAGGAAACUGACUCUGUGUGUGUGUGUGUGUGUGUGUGUGAGAGAGAGAGAGAGAGAGAGAGAGAGAGACAGACAGACUCUGGUGUUAUAACUUUAAUCAAAACUAA